ACCUGGAGUCUCCCUGAAUUGCUGUCGUCACCGCGCGAGUCACGACGAGCGCGCGCCGUACUCGUGUCAAUUCCAUGUCCACCGUGGUGGAGCGGUGCUGUCAGACUCACUCGGGGUUCCCUUCACCUGCCGCGUGCGUGCGCGCGUGUGAGCGGCAUGCAGGCGGCUGCAGCUGACGGCGACGCCGCUGGAAGCAGCAGCAGCAGCAGCAGCGGCUCCGCAGACGACGGUGGCGGGAUGACGGAGAGGAUGGAGAAGGUGGAGAGGACGGUGCCGCGCGAGCAGGACAGAACCACCGACCAGCACCAGCAGCAGCAGCAGCAGCAGCUACCACCCGCCUCAGGGGUGCUCGAUAAAUUAUUCGGGAAGCGGCUCCUGCAGGCCAGACACUACAUAAUGUCCAGAAAGUCCUGGCUGAAGAUGGUGCCAACAGAAAACUGUGAUAUUUUGAUGACAUUUCCAGAUACUAUAGACGAUCACACGCUGCUGUGGCUCCUGAACCAGAUCCGUGUUGGGAUCCCACAAGUCAGCAUUCAAGUCCGACAGCACAAACACACCCAGGCCCAUGCGUUCUUCAUCACCACCACGUUUGAGAACUUACUGCGUGGAGCCGAGCAGAUGAGCAUGCACAAGGCCGUCAAGCCGCAGUUCGGGGGUGGGAUGCGGCGCUUUUCCUGCGAAGAGGACAACAUCUACGAGAACAUCGAGAGUGAGCUCUGCUUCUUCACAUCGCAGGAGCGUCAGAGCAUAAUAAAGUACUGGCUUGACAAUCUGAGAGCCAAACAAGGGGAGGUGCUUCACAAUAUUCACUUCCUGGAGGGACAACCUAUCAUUCCAGAGUUGGUGGCUCGAGGUGUGAUCCAUCAGAUGUUCCCCCUCCACGAGCAGAGGAUCCUAAAUCAGCUGAUGACAUCAUGGGUUCAGGCUGUUUGUGAAAGGCAGCCUUUAGAUGACAUCUGUGACUACUUUGGAGUUAAAAUCGGAAUGUACUUCGCCUGGCUGGGCUUCUACACCAACUCCAUGCUUUAUCCUGCUGUCAUCGGCUUCCUUCUGUGGAUACUCGCAGAAGCCGACCAGACGAGUCAGGACAUCUGCUGCGUCGUGUUCGCGCUCUUCAACGUGGUGUGGGCGACGCUGUUUCUGGAGCGCUGGAAGAGACGAGAGGCGGAGCUGGCCUACAAGUGGGGCACCCUGGACACCCCGGCCGAGUCCCUGGAGGAGCCCCGGCCACAGUUCAGAGGAGUGAAGCGAACAAGUCCGAUCACAGGUUGUGAGGAGUUCUACUAUCCUCCCUGGAAGAGAACUGUGUUCAGGUGGCUAGUCAGUCUCCCCAUCUGCCUCCUCUGUCUGGUGUUCGUCUUCCUCGCCAUGUUGCUGUGUCUGGAACUGCAGGAAGUGGUGAUGGAGAUUCAGGAGCUGCCUAGCAUCACAAGGUUCAUCCCCAAAAUACUCCUGGCAGUCACGGUAACAGUGUGUGAUGAAGUCUAUAAGAAGAUCGCCUACUGGCUCAAUGACAUGGAGAACUACAGACUGCAGAGUGCCUACGAAAACAAUCUCAUCAUCAAAAUGGUUUUUUUUGAAUUCAUCAACUCAUACCUUAGUCUCUUUUACAUUGGUUUCUACCUCAAGGACAUGGAGCGACUCAAGGAGAUGUUGGCUACGCUGCUGAUCUUCCGGCAGUUCCUUCAGAACAUUAAAGAGGUUCUCCAGCCGUACCUCUACGAGCAAAACAAGCUGGGCGUCUUCACCCCGAAGGUCCUGUGGGAACUUCUUCAAGCGAUCAUGCUGAAAUACGGCCGUCUGGCUCUGGGGAAGGCUCAGGCCUCCAUGACGGCCUACUCCUUCCUCAGCCCAAAAGGGAUGCCAGUCAAUCAUAGGGACGGCGGGAACCCUCAGACAAGGCGGCGAGGGGAUUUAAAGGCGGGAUUCAGGCUCUCAGAGGAGGAGUGGGACAUGAGUGACAGCACGCUGAAGCACCGGAAAGUCAGCUUCACUGAGAAGGUGGACUACAAGGACGUGAACACAGAAACUUUGCAGGUGGAUGAUGGUUUUCUGGAAGACAGUCCCACGCUGGUGGAGGGGAUGGACUCGACGUGUAUGUUUGACAGCUGCGACGAGGACAGCGACAUUGAAACUCAGUCACAGGAGAUCAAAGAAUCUGGAUCAUCUUCAAGAGGAGAGACUGUCAACCCAAGAAGACGGAACGUAGGCGAUGCUGCCGAUGACAAGAAGUCUUGGAUCGACCCCCCAGAGGAGCAGAAGACCGUCACCCUCAGCCAAGCGGAGAUAGAGAGCUGUAUGCAGACGUACGAGGACACGCUGCAGGACUACCAGGAGAUGUUCAUCCAGUUUGGCUACGUGGUUCUCUUCUCGUCGGCGUUUCCACUGGCAGCCAUGUGCGCACUGAUCAACAACAUCAUCGAGAUCCGCAGCGACGCACUCAAACUCUGCACUGGUCUGCAGAGACCGUUUGGGCAGAGAGUGGAGAACAUUGGCCAGUGGCAGACUGCUAUGGAGGCGAUGGGCUUGAUCGCCAUCAUAGUCAACUGCUACCUGAUUGGUCAGUGUGGGCAGCUGCAGCGUCUGUUCCCUUGGUUGAGUCCUGAAAUGACCAUCAUCUCCAUUGUCCUGCUGGAGCACUUUGCAAUCCUCCUAAAGUACAUCAUCCAUGUUGCCAUCCCCGACAUCCCCAGCUGGGUUGCAGACGAGAUGGCCAAGCUUGAGUUCCGACGCAGGGAAGCUUUCAAGAAACACGAGCUUCAGGCGCAGCAGCAUUUCCAGCAGCAGCUGCGGCGUCGGCGGGAGGAGGAGGAGCUCCAUCGGCAGGCGGAGCUCCAAGCGGAGGCGCGGCAAGAUAGCGAGUACCACAAGCCGGACAGCCAUCACCACCACGACAAGGCAGCGGGGGCCAAGAUGGGAGACAAGCCAAAAAGACCCAGCUCUUUACUGGGCAACAACAACGUGAUGAAGCUUAAGCAGAUCAUCCCUCUGCAGGGGAAGUUCUCCUCCAGCGCCUCGCGCUCCCCGGCCCAGUCACCGACCGGAGGAGAGGCCAAGCUGCCCGGAUUUCUUAAGUUCCUGAAGUCACCAGAGGGAAAGAAGGAGGCUGCUGGUGCAACCGGGGCGUCCCCUGGAUCAACAGCGACCUCCUGUCUUCCUGGUGGUCAGGAGAAGUCACAGUCUCCCAACAGGACCUUCAGUCCUGGUAAGCUCUUCAGUUUCAGCAAGUCUGAGGGGACGGUCGUGUGUGCUAACGGGACCCCGCCCACCACUCACGCUGCUCCAGCCAGCAGGGCCGAACUUAACACCUCCCACGAGGAGCUGCCGUCCAGCGACUCAGAGAAAGGAGAAACGAGACAAUCUGAUGUGGAGACCUCCAAGAGUCAAUAAUGAUCCUGCUCCUGUGAAUGUUGUGCAUCAUGAAUGUUCCGGUGAGCGUGGACAGACAGGCCGCACGGGGAGGUCCAAUAAUGAUGCAACUGUACUUUGCACAUCAGCUGUCAACACUUCAAAUCUUCCAUGUACAUAUGUACAGUUGGUCCAGGAAUGGGGUUGUAACCACAACAAACUGCAUGAAUCUUUGCAGGUGUUUCCUUUUUCAAAGUAAUCGGAGCGAGAACUCAACAUCUGCAAGUAGCAGCUUUCCAUUUCCAGAUGGUCUGCAUGUCGCUUUCAUGUGCACGAGUGCGUAUUCUUUUUCAGUUUCCCAGCACCUUGGAAGCCACUUUAUUCUCCUGCAAUAGAUUAUUAUAUCCACUGUGACCAUAACGAAUAUAUUUUUCUUAACUUUAAUUUUUGUAUUGAAUUAUUUUACUACAUGAACUAGUGAAUGUACUUCUGAUGCAAAUAAAUCACUUGAAUUAAUAACCAUCAACAGCUAAUGGCCUGGUGGAAAUGAGCCGAUAAUAAAAAAGUCACUGGACACG